CAUGGUUUGGGCUGGCGUGGCUUCUUUCCAACGAUAUAACGGCGUUACUUUUCUGGUACGGAAUUGCGUCUUAUGUUGUGACUGUCAAUUAACGGUUUCGGCGGCUCCGUCCUGUUCGGGGAGCAUCGGCGCCGUUUGAACCUUGCUUCAACCGCCCCCAACUCGCCCUCUCCAAAACCAAAAUCCCACCCAUCCUCCGUCCUCUCUCGUCCUCGAACCCUCUUGCGCUCCGUCCUGGGCCGAUUGCUGGCGCUCCGAUUUCCGACGCACGGCACUCUCUCCGACUGUUCUUCCUCCGGCGACGGCAUCUCCGACCCUCGCAUCUCCCGCGGAUCGAUCUCAUCUCCGGUUCUGAUAACUUGCAAAGGACUCAAUACUCAUAGGACAUGGCAAAACACGAGGGCAAGGAGAACAAAUACAGUAUAAUUAUCCCCACAUACAAUGAGCGCCUUAACAUUGCCAUCAUAAUCUACCUUGUCUUCAAGCAUCUCAAGGAUGUUGAUUUUGAAGUCAUUGUUGUAGAUGAUGGAAGUCCUGAUGGGACUCAAGAUGUCGUUAAACAAUUGCAGCAAGUGUACGGGGAAGAUCGUAUUCUGUUAAGAGCAAGGCCGAGGAAGCUUGGUUUAGGAACUGCUUAUUAUCAUGGACUAAAGCAUGCAUCUGGGGAGUUUGUUGUAAUUAUGGAUGCAGAUCUUUCCCACCAUCCCAAAUACCUACCAAGCUUCAUCAGGAAGCAAAAGGAAACUGGUGCAAAUAUCAUUACAGGGACCCGUUAUGUUAGAAAUGGUGGUGUCCAUGGAUGGAACCUUAUGCGCAAACUGACAAGUAGGGGAGCAAAUGUGCUUGCACAGACACUUUUAUGGCCUGGUGUAUCAGAUUUGACCGGUUCCUUUAGGCUAUAUGAGCGGUCUGUUCUUGAAGAUGUGAUAAGCUCAUGUGUUAGUAAAGGUUAUGUCUUUCAGAUGGAGAUGAUUGUGAGAGCUUCGAGGAAAGGAUAUCACAUUGAAGAGGUUCCCAUUACCUUCGUUGACAGAGUUUAUGGAAGUUCAAAACUUGGUGGAUCUGAAAUUGUGGAAUAUCUUAAAGGCCUUGUCUACCUAUUAUUCACGACAUAGGGGGAAAAUUGUUGUGAGAUAGUCUUCUUUGAUUUUGACAUUUAUGUGUCAUCUAAAUCUUAUUUGGAAAACUCUCCUUGUUUAAAAAUCAAAUGAGGCUUCUAAUACGUUUUUUUGUGGGAAGGUGUCACUCAUUGAAGUUUUCCUUGGAUUCUUUCCCAGUGAUUUCUAAGUUGACAUUCAUUAAUGAGUUUCUUUCUCAUAAAUAUCAAUGACCAGUUAAUUUUAUA